AUGGGUGAUUUUGAACCCUCCGAAUUGGGUACGAAGGCUUAUUGGGAGAGCCACUAUGAAAGGGAACUGCAGAACUUUGACGAAGCUGGUGAUGUAGGGGACAUCUGGUUUGGUCAACAGAGCGAAAAACGUGUGCUCAAAUACCUGUCUGACAUUGGCAUCCCGCCUGACUCGCGAAUUCUCGAUUGUGUCGAUGUCCUCUCCACGGGUUCUGUCACGAGGAAUCUUUUCAACGGCGAUGAGAAAGACCUGUUUGAUGUCGUAAUAGAUAAAGGCACCUUUGAUGCUAUUAGUCUAGCCCCACCCGAAUCUCCCACCGCCACGGAUGCGGCAGCCAAUCACGAGACGACAGUUCACUGUCAGCGUGCCGCCUCUAAGGGUCCUCGUCAGCUUUACCUAGUACAUAUCUACCAACUGAUGCGGUCCUCGGGCUACUGCGUUAUCACGUCGUGCAACUGGACAGCGGAGGAACUCCAACGAGAGUUUGAACAGCCACUGAGUGCGGAUCGAUCCUCCGAGUCCGCUGGCAACACGUCUCCACGUCCUCUCUUCUCCUACUCUCAUGCGCUUCCGCCUCUGCGAACAUUCACCUUUGGUGGAAAGACCGGAGCUGAUACAGUCUGCCUUGUCUUUAGGCCUGCCAAAUAA